AUGAAUAAAACUCAAGAAAGUAUCAUUUUUGGACUUCACUUUUCUAUCCAGUUUAUCAAAUAUCUUGGUAGACAAUUAAAAAGAGAAUUUCUUACCCCAUUAAUUUUUCUGCUCCUACUAAUAAUUGUUACUGGUUUUUAUGAAUAUUCUGCUUAUCAAAUCGGAUUGAUAUCCUCCAACUUUUUUGAUGCUUUGACUACCAAAAAUUAUGACAGAUUUAUAUGGACUUUAAAAUUAUCAAUAAUGUAUAUAUUUUGUGGCUCUUUGGCUCUAGGUGUACAAAAUAUGGUUGUGGGACAAUUAUCGUUAAUAUUACGUGAAAUUUUAACCAAGAAUUUACAAAGGCUAUAUUUUAAACGGAAAAAUUACUAUGUUGUAAAUACUCUUACUGAUUUAGACAACCCUGAUCAACGUCUUACUCAAGAUAUCAAUUUAGCUUGUGACCUGCUGACCAAUAUAAUUGUAUCAAUAACUGUGAAUCCAAUAUUAGUCGUAUUCUAUACAUAUCUAUGUGUACAAAAAGCUGGUUGGUUAGGUCCAGUCUCAGCUUAUAUCCUAUUCAUUAUAUUUGCAAUAAUUUCGCGAUUCCUCGCCUCUUGGAGUUCGCGUGCUUCAUUUGAACGUCAGAAACAAGAAGGCAAUUUUAGGUUUGUUCAUACAAAACUAAGAUGCUCAGUCGAAAGUGCUGCAUUUCUUGAUUUGAGUGAAUCAUUAAAUGCCAUUUCAACGAAUUCAUUCAAUCGGUUAUUUCAUGCUGUACGAGUUUUUAUUAAUCGUAAUGCUGUAGUAUUUUAUGUAACACAACUUAAUGCAUAUUGUGGUGGUGUAGUAAAUUAUGUCGCUCUUGGAAUCAUUCUGUUCAAUGGUCCAAUUCGAACAAUGUCAGCAUCUGAAAUCACUGUUCUUAUUAGUCAGACUAGUUUCUUUCUUCUGUAUUUAAUUAAUAAAUUAACAAAUUUAAUUAAUUUAUCUACUGAUAUUGCUCAAUUAGUUGGUGUUGGACAUCGCAUUUUAAACUUGGACAAAUAUUUAAGAGAAAUUAAUUUAUAUGAUACUCCAGCUGCUUAUAUCACAUCUUAUCAAACUCAAUGGUUAUUUAUUAGAUCGAAAAUAUUCAGCCCCAUACACGAUAUCAUUGACAGGGAUAAUAAUUGUUUACUGGAUGAUAUUGUUUUUCAAAUCAAUCAUGUAUCAAUAUGUAUUCCAUUGAAUCCUAAUAAUGUUUUAAUUCAUGACUUAUGUUUAACCAUUAAAAAGCAUGAAGCCCUACUUAUCACUGGUCCGAGCGGUGUUGGUAAAACUGCUUUAUUUCGUGUUUUAGCUGGUCUAUGGCCAGGUCUCACUUUAAUGAAUAAUAAUUCAGUGAAUAAUAAUGCAAUCAAUUCAUUAUAUCAUUUCUGUCAGUCGGAUAAUUUCCGAGUUGUUUUUAUUCCACAAGUAUUAUACAUACCAUGGAUGACAAUUCAAUUAAAUAAUGAAUUUUACAAGUUAUUAACAAGUUUACAUUGUUUCAUGAUGGCAUCAAAUUCAUUAAUAUUAUCGAAUAUCCGUAGAGAACUACAUUUGUGUUAUUUAUUAUUGAAUAUAGCAUAUUCUUUCGAUAGUCAAUCUACUGGUGGGCUUGAUGCUAGAGCUACAACAUUUGAUAUUGACAAUUCUGAAGCAAACUUAACUAGUCAUAAUUCUACAAGAAAACAAAAUUCCAAAUGUUCAAUUUGUUAUUAUAAUCUGGAUUCUUUCGAAAAAGCCUUAAGUUUACUCGUUGAAUUUCGUCUUAUCAAAUUAGAACAAUGUAAUACAUUAAAACAAAUUCUUAAAUUAUAUUAUAACAAUGAAAAUAAUAAUGGUAAUAAUACUAUUAUUGAUGAUGGUAUUUAUUCUAAAAAUCAAUAUCGAAUUCCAUUAUUAACUGAUAUUUGUUAUAAUGGUUGUUCUGUUAGAUCAGAGAAAUCCGAGUAUGAAUUUGAUUCACAGUUAUUCAAUUAUUCACCCGGUGAAUUACAACGAUUAACAAUUGCGGCUGUAUGUUUUUAUCAACCAGAUAUGAUAUUUAUGGAUGAAUCUACAAGUCAAUUAAGUGUAACUGAUGAAGCACAAGCCUAUUUAAGUCUUUCUAAAAGAAAUAUUACACCAAUUACAAUUGCACAUCAUAAUUCUGUUCGACAAUAUCAUUUGAUGGAAUUACAAUUAAUGUCUAUCGAUGAACAGACUACUAUUACUACUACUGAAACAAGUCAAUUGAAAAAAUGGAAAUUGAUUAAAAUUGAGUAA